GAAGUUGUGGAGGCCAUCACAUCCACCUCGGGGUCUUCUGGUGGGACGAUUGAAACUGAAGUUAUUACUAAGAGUACGGAGGGACUACAUAUCAUGGAGAAAGAAAGCGAGGUGAAAAUACACGGGUGGGUAACAACCCCCCGCCGACUACACCCAAUAAGAGAACCUCAUGACGAACGAAGAUGAAACCGCUGAAACUAACUGAGAGGCUGCGUCCACGUCACGUACCGUUGAAGAGCAGACCAGUGAGGCUGCCUCGCAGGGCUAUGACAGCGAUCAAGCCUAGGAUGAAGGAUAACACCAUCAAAAGGAUGCAUUUCCUAGAAGCCACAAGACGGGAUCUUAUCCCGAUCCACCAUUAUGAUAUCCGAGCGAUUUAUGCUAAGAAAGGAAAUCCCUACAAAACCAAGCUACAAGCGAUUUUUGAUUUAGCUGAUCACCGAGUUGAGGUCAAAUAUGGACCUCAGUCGGCGGGUUUUGGAGUCAUCGACUUGGUGCCUGAAGCAAGUGACGAGUCACCCGACGACGAAGAAACAGAGCAACGUCGGGAUCGCAUCGCUAUGGAGGUGAGCGAUUACAACUUCAGCAGUUGGCCGCGACAUAGAGUGUUGGGUCACUGCGCGGGAAGAAGUGGGGCCGCGCGUGGCUCGUGCGGGCGGCGGAGCGUUGUCUCGCUCGCCGUCGCGCGGGGUCAUCUCCGCGUGCUUGCGGGGCAUGUUCCUGGCUGCAGCCCUAGGGUUGCCUCCCCUCUGCAAUCUUAUUGGCUUAGGGUAAGGCAAGGUGGGGGGAGGGGAGAGCGGUGGCAAGAGGAGGAGGCGGCGGACAGACCCAAGGAAGAAAAGAAUGAUGAUGAUGAUGUAUCUUCUACGCAAGGGGAAUCGUCGCCGUCCGACGUGUCGGCCGCACACUCCUGCUGUCACUCACACUCACAGUCAUCGCCGUCUCGUGUGCGACUGCUGUCGUCGUGGUCGCCCGGGUGGAGGAGAGCGCGUCGUGGCGCUUGUGCUGGGAUGACCGCCGGGGAUUGCACUUGUUACCGGGGGGGAGCCAAGGCCGAGCAGGGCCGCGUUAAAGCCAAAUGGAAAGGCAGGCUGGGGGGUUCUUGGGAGGAGGAGGAGGAGGGGUCUUGGAUGAUGAUCGUGGUCCCAGCUAUGCUCGACGAAGACUUGGUUUAUGUGUCGGACUCCGUUCAGGGAGAAGGAGGAGUUAAUCUUCUUCUUCAGCAAGCAACGAACGUUCACGAACAAGUCCUGUCUAUCAUAGGAGCGUCCACCAUGGCCCCAUUGUAUAGUGCUCAGAUUCAAGGAAAUAGGACUAUGUAUUGGGUGGCUAGUACGGGGUUACAGGUAAAUGAGAGGGCAGAAAGAGAGACGGGCAUUGGUGGUGUUUGUGGCGAUGCUGUCAUCGUACAAAAGCCGAACGCGAGCAAGCUGCAGGUGGCAAGCCCGAACGCGGGCAAGCUCCAGGUUCACAAUGGUGUCCAGGUUCACAAUGGUGUUUUGGGAGAGGAGGAACGAGUGGAUGACCUUGAGAAGAGUCGAAGUCGAAGGCACAGUGAGAACGAGCAGGGCUUGGCACAUGGAUACGUCGGGGAACAAGAUGAUCUCAGUGGCAUCGCGCUCAGAAAAGAAGCGCCCGUUGAUCUUCUGCCGAACUGUGUGCUGCAGUUGGUCUUCUCCCAUUUGGCAUUCACAGACGUAUGCAAUGCUGCUGGCACUUGCAAGACCUGGCGUGCAUGCAUAGGAGAUGCGCAAGAACUUCUCCUUUCACUCAACAUUCGGCGGCGUGGUGGGUAUGAGCUGCCAACCCCUCUCCUUGUGGGGAUUGCUAGAAAAAACCGCAGUCGAAUCUCAGCAGUGCCCAAGCUCGCUGCACACCCUCCUAUCCCAUUUGUGCUGGUCCGUGCUGCAGCGGCCGGGAACCUUAAGGCCAUUGUGCUUUUUGCUGAAGAGAUGGAGGCUUAUGGCCUGCAAAGCGAGGCCCUGGAGUGGAGGAAAAAGGCAGCCAAGAAAGCUCAUCAGGAGAGCCAGUAUAAAGUUGGGGAGGCCUUCUACAGAGGGGAAGGAGGGUGUGCACGUGAUGGGGAGGAAGCCCUGCUGUGGCUGCUACGAGCGGUUCGUAAUCCCAGUCAGCAAGAUCACCUCAGUGCUGCAGCUGCUCUUUUGCUUGGCUACAUGCAUCUUGAUGGAGAGGGAGUGCCUCAGAACAACACCGAAGCUGUGCGAUGGUUCCGACUAAGUGCAGAGUUGGGCAGCAGAGAAGCAGAGAAGGCGUUGGGAUGGCUGUGGAACACUGGACAAUACUGAGGGCAUAACUCACACUCGGACUUUUUCCACUUCUCUGUGGACGUAGUUGCGUGUAAAUACGCGACGGGAUUCGUCCCAAUCUAUCAGACUGUCUCUUAAGCACUGGAACCUGUUCUCUGGCUUGCUCCGUAUUGCAUCGACGGGAUGGGAAUCGACCGGAACUAAAAUUUCAUUUUUCUUUUUGUAAAUUCGUUUGUAGUUUGUUUUUUUUGCAGUUUGUCACAGUUAUAUUCUUGUUUACACUGAUUGGUUGUCACUCUGUUAGCUUUUUUUUAAAUGUAAAUUAUGGUCGUGAAGGGGGGGGGGGGGGGGUUGGGGGUUGGGGGUUGGUAUCGACCUUCAUUUGUUGUAGCAAAUGAGAUUCUUUGGCAUUGUGGCCUGACCCGAUUGGUAGGAAGGGUAGUAAAAUACGGUACGGGACGCUGGGCCCGGUUCCCAGCAUUGGAUAGAUUGGCAGAGUACCAAACAAUAGAGAAUAGUAUGACUAGGGGCCGCUGGGCCCGGUUUCCAGCACAAGAUAGGUUGACAGGGGACCAAAGAAAAGAGAAUAGCAUAGACUAGGGGACGCUGGGCCGGCGGUUCUUUUGUGGAACAAAAAAAGGAAACGGAAAAAGUGGGACGCUGGGCCCGGUUCCCAGCACAAGAUAUAGGUUGAUGAACCUAUUGGUAGGCGUGGUAAACAAGAUAGGGCCCGGGAUGCUGGACCCGGUUCUCACCGUUGGAUAUCACAGAAUUCAGAGCAGUACAAGUAGGGGACGCUGGGCCUGGUUCCCGGGACAGGAUAGGUUGAUGGACCGAUUGGUAGGGAUGGUAAUCAGGAUACGGGAUGCUGUCCCCGACGGGCCCGACUCCCGGCAAAGGAUAGGUGGGAAAGAGUAUCACCUCCGGUUCCUAAUAGUAUAAGUAGGGGACGCUGGGCCCGGUUCCCAGCACAAGAUAGGUUGAUGGACCGAUUGGUAGGGAUGGUAACCAGGAUACGGAAAUGCUGGGCCUGACGGGCCCGACUCCCGGCAAAGGAUAGGUGGGACAGAGUAUCACCUCCGGUUCAGAACAGUAUAAUUAGGGGACGCUGGGCCCGUUUCCCAGCACAAGAUAGGUUGACGGACCGAUUGGUAGGGAUGGUAACCAGGAUACGGGAUGCUGGGCCCGAUGGGCCCGAUGGGCCUGACGACUCCCGGCAUUGGAUACGUGGACAGAGUACCACAGAGUUCAGAGUAGUAUAAGUAGGGGACGCUGGGCCCGGUUCCCAGCACAAGAUAGGAUGAUGGAGAGCAGUAGAAUAGGAAAAAUACGAAGAGGUCUUUGUGUGCUUGGUUUUUCGAGACUUGGUGACCGGGUUUGGGGCUUGGCCGGGUUUGGGGCUUGGCCGAUGAGCCUGGCACGUACCAUUGGUCCCAACAAACUGUUUAUUUAAGGGAAGCUGGGCCCGUUUUUUUCCCAGCCUUGUAUAUAAGAUUUGAUUAAAACAAACAAAACAAACAGACAAAC